AUGGUCGCCAUCAAGUUGCAGAAAGAAGAAAACCGUAAAGCCUUUCUUGACGUCUUCCCAACCCUCGCUGAAGAGGUCCUUGCCGAGCUUCGCAAGUACAACAUGCCUGAAGACGCUUAUAACUGGACAAAGCAGAAUCUGGAAUACAACGUUCCUGGUGGCAAAUUGAACCGUGGCCUCUCGGUUGUCGAUACCAUCCGCAUUCUCAAGGGCGAUGCAGUCACUGACGAUGAUAUCUUCAAGGCUACUGUUCUCGGUUGGCUCGUUGAAUUCCUUCAAGCCUUCUUCCUUGUUUCCGAUGAUAUCAUGGACGCCUCGAUCACUCGUCGUGGACAGCCUUGUUGGUACCGCAAGGAUGGUGUUGGUAUGGUUGCCAUCAACGAUGCCUUCAUCCUCGAAUCUUGCAUCUACAUUUUCCUCAAGAAGUAUUUCAAAUCUACCGAUUACUACAUUGAUCUUGUUGAAUUGUUCCACGAGGUCACAUUCCAAACUGAGUUGGGCCAAUUGUGCGAUUUGAUUACUGCACCCGAAGACAACGUUGACUUGAACAAGUUUUCCAUUGCCAAGCACCAUUUCAUUGUCGUUUACAAGACUGCUUACUAUUCCUUCUAUCUCCCAGUGGCUUUGGCUAUGCACAUGGCUGGUGUCAAGAACGAGACCGCUUUCCAAAAAGCCCAGGACAUCUUGAUUCCUCUUGGUGAAUAUUUCCAAGUUCAGGAUGAUUAUCUCGACUGCUAUGGCGAUCCCGCCUUUAUUGGAAAGAUCGGCACUGAUAUUCAGGAUAACAAGUGCAGCUGGUUGAUCAAUCAAGCCCUUGCCAAGGCUAACUCUGAACAACGCAAAAUUCUCGAUGAAAACUAUGGCAAGAAGGAUGCUGCUGCUGAAGCCAAGAUCAAGGAUUUGUACCGCGAGAUGGAUAUUGAGGGUCUUUACAAGGCAUACGAAGAGGAGUCGUACAAGAAGAUCUCGGGCUUGAUUGGUGAGCUCGACGAAAGUGUUGGUGUCAAGAAGGCGGUGUUUACCGAAUUCAUGGACAAGAUCUACAAGCGCACAAAAUAG